AUGACCACGUUUCUGGCCGAGGCGAAUGCCGGGCGAUGGGAAGAGCUUUCCCCAGGACUUGAUCCACGCAUUAUGGAGACGCUUCGAACUGAGAUCAAGUUCCCGACAAUGACGCCUGUGCAGGCGGCGACUAUUCCACUGCUGCUGUCCAACAAGGAUGUGGUGGUUCAGGCACAGACUGGCUCGGGCAAGACGCUGGCCUUUGUGCUCCCUGCGCUGACGCUGCUGGCGAGGGAAGCGAGCUCGCUGCUCGAUCAUCAUGUGGGAGUGGUUAUUCUGGCACCAACGCGCGAGCUGGCCAAGCAGAUCCACAGGGUGGCCGUGCCGUUUGUCGCCGCACUGGAGAUGAAGAUGGACCUACUCUGCGGCGGGACGCCUGUGGCCAAUGAUCUGACUCGACUCGAGGCCGAGGGGGCCAAUGUCAUUGUUGCCACGCCCGGGCGGAUGCUCGAUGUGAUGGAGCAGGGCGGCGGCGGGCUGUCGUUCCGCGGCCUGGAGGUCCUCGUUCUCGACGAGGCCGACAUGCUGCUGGACCUGGGCUUUGAGGCGACGCUGGUGGCCAUCAUCGGCAAGCUGCCGCGCCAGCGGCGGACAGGCCUCUUCUCGGCGACGCAGACGUCGGCGCUCAAGGAUCUGACCGCGGCCGGGCUUCGUAAUCCGGUGGCGGUCAAUGUGGCGGUGAGGUCCAGGGCCAGUGCGUCGGGCGAGAGCUCGCAGUCGACGCCGACCACGCUCUCGAACAUGUUUGCGGUUGUGCCGGACUCGUACUCCAAAACUGCGCUGCUGCUUGCGCUGCUGCAGCGGCUGGCAGCAGAGACGGAGGAGCACCACAAGAUCAUUGUCUACUUUCUCACCUGCGCCCAGGUCGAGUACUUCUCAGAGGUGCUUGUCGCUGCCGCGCCAGCGCUGUACAGCCGUUCUGCUUCCGGCAGCCUCCCGCUCUUUGCGCUUUCGGGCAAGCUGGUCCAGAAGCGGCGGUCGGCAACGAUGCAGGCGUUCCGCAAGGCUGACGCCGGUGUUUUGUUUGCGACCGACAUUGCUGCACGCGGACUCGACAUUCCGGACGUCUCGUGGAUUGUGCAGUACGAUCCGCCCAAGGACGCCGACGUCUUUGUCCACCGGGUGGGGCGGACAGCGCGGCUUGGGCGCUCUGGCUCGGCGCUGCUGCUACUGCGCGAGGCCGAGCGUGGAUACGCCGAGUUUGUGCAAAUGCGCGGCUCACCGCUUGUCGAGUUUGCGACUGCACGGCCUGAGCUGGCGGCGAAUGUGGCCAGCGAUGUGCAGGAGGCGAAUCCGCCGGCAUGGAAGGUGCUGCAGGAGGCCGGACGUGCCGAUAGGGCGGUGUACGAGGCGUCGCGCAAGGCUUAUGUUUCAUUUGUGCGCGGGUACAACGCGCACGUGUUCAACUUCUAUUUUGACGCCAAAAAGCUCGACAUGCUCCAGCUUGCGGCGUCGAUGGGCCUUGUCCAUCUGCCGUCAAUGCCCGAACUCCGCUCGCUGGAAACGCGCAACUUUACGCUUCCCUGCGGAUACAGCCCGAUCGGCGACAUUGCCCCCGAAGACGUGGCGUACGCGAAUCGCAAGCGGGAGGUGGCGCGGCUUGCUCGGCGUGAGAAGGAACAGGCCAAGCUGGAGGCACGGAAGGCCAAGCGGAAGGCGGCACGAGCACGGCGGGUGGCCAAUGUGCCCUGGUCCAAAAACAAGGCCAAGAAGGAGGCCAAGGCGACACGCAAGCGCAAGCGGCACGGCGAGUCGACGGACAAGGCGGCGGUGGACUGGACCUCGCUUAACGAGCAAGCCCGGCUGCUGAAGCGGUUCAAGGCCGGCGACAUUGACCGGGUGGCGUUUGAGGCGGCGAUGGCCAAGUUUUAGUGCGGGGUGGGCGUGGGCGUGCUACGCCGCGCUCUCGCCCGCGGUGGCGAUGUCGGCCAGCGCGCGGUGCUUGACGUACUGGCCGGCCGAGGCGGCCCACUCGGGCGGCAGCUGGGCGCCGGCUUCGGCGGCGGCGGCCCAGGCGACCAUAAACGGCAGCAUGGCGUCA